AAUUUAACCGCAUUUAUGGCUUAUUUCUCUCCCUCCAACCUUAACCCAUCACUGUCUUCAGUGUCCUCAACCCCGUUCGCCCCUCUUGAGUUCAACUGUUCCUCUCUAUUUCAUUUCACAGAGAAAAGAGAAAGAUAAUCAGGGGUUCCUUCUUCUUGCAAUGAUCAGCGUUUGCGUUCUAUAGAGAUCAGGCAUGCAGGCUUUGAAGAAAUCAGAGACGUUUGCGAGAGUGGAUUCCAUGGAAACGCCUGGAGUUAGCUGCUCUUCUCCUUAUUGUUCUCUAUAUCGAAUUCGCCGUUCGCAGAGUCUUUCAGAAGCUCGUGAAGAUAUACUGAAUGUGUCGCCUCGGCCAUCUCACUGUAAUCCUAAUUUGCGGCUAAAUAGAAGACUACAUGGUCGGAGUUCCCUGUGCAUUUCAGAGAACACAUCACAAAGUAGCUGCAGAAACUACAUGGCUUCAACUGAAGUUAGACAACAAAAGUCUGCUACAGAAUUAAUCAAGGAGAUUUCUACUCUCGAAAUUGAAGUACUACAUUUGGAACGCUACCUCCUCUCUCUAUAUCGGACAACUUUCGAUCAAUACCUCACCAGCUCACCAAGCAACACUACUCAAGCCUCAAGGUCUCCUGUUCAACACCACACUGGACCCGUAUUGCAGGAUACUAAUAGAAUCCCGAUAGAGCAUCAAGAAAGUCAUGCAUCCAGUUCUUAUUAUAUGAAUGAUGAAAUGGAUCAAUCCCGAAGCCUUGAAAGAAAUGAAAUGAAGAGUGAUUCUAAUUGCAGGCGUAGUGAGGAUUCUCCUGCCCAUGAUAUAGGACCCGUUUCAGAUGCUAGUUCUGGUCCUUCACUAAGAGAAGAUCCUAAAUACGAUGACCCAAGCUCUACCAUGCCUGGCCAUCAGAAUCUUGCAGAUCUUCUUGGUACUACAAUUGCUGAUCAUGUUCCUCAAACCCCAAGCAAACUUUCUGAAGAUAUCAUUAGAUGCAUUUGUUCCAUUUACUGCAAGCUUGCGACUCCUCCAACACAGCAGAUGGACCUCUUCUCUUCACCUACUCCAUCUGCUUCCUCUUCAAGCACGCUCUCCCCGGGGGAUGCUCGUGACAGUUGGAGUCCUCGAUGCCAUUAUGAAGCUACAACGAGUCCCUCUUCGUUCGAUUCUCCAAAAAACAAGCAAAGCCCAUAUAGUAAUAUGAUAGAAGUCCCAAGGCUCAGCAUAGAUGGUGAUAGAUUUGGCUAUGCCUCCAACAUGCUGAACAUUUUCAGGUCCCUGAUUCGGCGUCUUGACAAAAUUAAACCAGAAAAGAUGGACCAUGAAGAGCAGCUUGCUUUUUGGAUAAACAUUCACAAUGCUCUAGUGAUGCAUGCCUUUCUAGCUUAUGGACUUCAUCAGAAUCAAAUGAAAAGUAACUUCUCAAUCUUGAAAGCAGCAUAUGACAUUGGUGGGCACUCAGUAAAUGCUUAUGACAUUCAAAGCUCGAUACUUGGAUGCCAACUCCAUCGACCUGCAACGGGGCUACGUACACUGUUAUUACCAUCGAUGAAAUUAAAGAAAGGGAAAGACAAACAUCCAUAUGCUCUUAAGAAUCCUGAGCCCCUUUCUCAUUUUGCUCUUUGUUUAGGAGCCUAUUCUGAUCCUGCUAUCCGAGCAUACAAAGCCAAGAAUAUUUACGGAGAAUUGAAGUUAGCAAAAGAGGAGUUCGUUCAAGCUAAUGUCUCGAUCCAAAAGGAAAGCAAAAUUACCAUGCCGAAGAUAUUGGGUUAUUAUGCCAGAGAUGCUUCUUUAGAUUUAUUCGCUCUCGUGGAGAUGUGCUCCGAUUGCAUGCCAGAUGAAGCACGUAAAAGAAUUCAAGGGUGUAUUUUUCGACGAAAGCUUGAUAAGUGCGUUGAAUGGUCUCCAUACAAAUCAUCUUUCAGAUACCUUGUGCAUAGAGAUUUAGCCAAACAUUAGCAACUGGAUUUGUUUAUUUUGUUUGUUGUACAUCAGAGUGUGAGAGUGUGAGUGUGUCAUCCUCAAUCUCAGAGGAGUUGUCAGCUACACGAUAGCAAGAUCAUCAAUAAAGUUUUAUUUGUCCAAAUA